UUUUCGUAGUUAUGAAACAAGGUGAGGUGAACUUGUCCUUUUCAAACAUUGAAGGAAUCUUUGUCAACGCCUCAAUUUUCCAUCCUCAUUAGCAUAGAGCACAGUCACUCAUCUUUCUCUUCUUCUUUGCCUUUUUUCCUUCCUCUCUUAACUCUUUCCCUCAACUCAAGAGCCUCAGCUAUGACUGCCAGAGAAAUCCUUUGUAAGAUGAAGGAAAAAGUUGGGUUGGGUUCAUCAGAAACUGAUUCAGGGAAAGGAAAGAGCAAGAUAUCGAAGCACAUAACUCAUGGCUAUCACUUGGUAAAGGGAAGAUCAUAUCAUGCCAUGGAGGAUUAUGUUGUUGCUCAAUUUAAGCAAGUUGAUAACAAUGAAUUAGGUUUGUUUGCAAUAUUUGAUGGCCACGCAGGUCACAAUGUUCCUAAUUACUUGCGGUCUCAUUUGUUUGAUAAUAUCUUAAAAGAGCCUGAUUUCUGGAAAGAACCUGCAAAGGCUGUCAGGAGAGCAUAUAGUAUAACUGAUUCUAAUAUUUUAGACAAAUCAGGUGAAUUGGGUAGAGGGGGUUCAACUGCAGUUACAGCAAUAUUGAUCAAUUGUCAGAAAUUAGUAGUAGCCAAUAUUGGGGAUUCCAGGGCUGUCUUAUGCAAGAAUGGUGUGGCCAAACAACUAUCAGUGGAUCAUGAGCCAACCACUGAACAUGAGGAUAUAAAAAAUAGAGGUGGUUUUGUAUCAAACUUUCCAGGGGAUGUUCCACGGGUUGAUGGACGGUUGGCAGUGUCAAGGGCAUUUGGUGACAAAAGCUUGAAGAAGCACUUGAGUUCAGAGCCACAUGUGAAAAUGGUGAUGAUAAAUGAUGAUGCAGAGUUUAUUAUAUUAGCCAGUGAUGGAUUAUGGAAGGUAAUGUCAAAUCAAGAAGCAGUUGAUUCUAUCAAAGGUAUAAAGAAUGCUCGGUCUUCAGCAAAGCGCCUUACUGAAGAAGCACUUAAUAGGGAAAGCAACGAUGAUAUCUCCUGCAUUGUUGUGAAAUUUCAGUGAUCACAAGAUCCACAUAAUAUAUUUUGAUCCACAAAUUUGGAAGUGUAACAUAUACUUUAGUGUAAUACUAAAGCUUGAUAGCCAUGGGGUGGUGUUAUUAUGCUGAAGCCCUUCAUGCAAACCAACUGGGAGAACGCAUUAUUUGAAGUUACAAUGUGGAAAAGAUGUAGUUUCUGAUUGUAUAGACCAAACUACAGUCUAAUCUGCGCGUAUGCAAGGAAGUUUGGU